GCACGAACUAGUAUUUAUCUUGAUUACUGAGGUUUUCAGCGUCUCCUUCAGAUCUGCACUCAAUGUGAGUGCCUCCCAAGCCUUACCCCAGUCCUGGUCCUGGUGCAAAGACUUUCUCAAGAGGCCUGGGCAAGCGUGGCACAGGGGACUGGGCCCAGGGAGAUAUCCUGAUUGGAUUCUCUGGCUGUAUAGAAAGACAGUUUCCAGUGGAGAGUUGCCCCCACCCCAUUAAACCGGAGCCUAAAUCCAAGAAGAGGAAGGGACCUACUUAGGAGUGGGGUAGAUGGUGGGGGUGAGUAGGGACAUGACUUCCUCAAAGACCCAGAGUGAGCACACGCAUCGCUCAGCUGUGGGGCUGCCUGCUUGCCUUUCACAGGUCUCAGGAACAGGACACCCCAAGACACGAAGGUCCAGCAGGAGAAAGAAACAAGGCCAAUCUCAGAUGGAUGGGCCUGGGCAAGAUUCUAUGACCAGCUGUCCCUUCUACACAUAGUGAUGGAGGCAAAUGAGUCUUCUCGUGUGGACUCUGAGUUCCGGUACACCCUCUUCCCGAUCAUUUACAGCAUCAUCUUCGUGCUGGGGGUGAUCGCCAACAGCUAUGUGCUGUGGGUCUUCGCCUGCCUGUACCCUUCCAAGAAACUCAACGAGAUAAAGAUCUUCAUGGUGAACCUCACCAUGGCUGACCUGCUCUUCUUGGUCACCCUGCCCUUGUGGAUCGUCUACUACUACAACCAGGGCAACUGGAUUCUCCCCAAAUUCCUGUGCAACCUGACUGGCUGCUUCUUUUUCAUCAACACCUACUGCUCCGUGGCCUUCCUGGCUGUCAUCACUUACAACCGUUUCCAGGCGGUGACACGGCCCAUCAAGACAGCUCAGGCCACCACCCGCAAGCGUGGCAUCUCCGUGUCCCUGGUCAUCUGGGCGGCCAUCGUGGCUGCCGCAUCCUACUUCUUCGUCCUGGACUCCACCAACGUGGAGCUCGACAAGACCGGCUCGGGCAACAUCACCCGCUGCUUCGAGCAUUAUGAGAAGGGCAGCGUGCCUGUCCUGGUGGUUCACGUCUUCCUCGUGUUCAGCUUCUUCUUGGUCUUUCUCCUCAUUCUCUUCUGCAACCUGGUCAUCAUCCGCAGGCUGCUCACGCAGCCGGUGCAGCUGCAGCGCAACGUGGAGGUCAAGCGCCGGGCUCUGUGGAUGGUCUGCACGGUCUUGGCUGUGUUCAUCAUCUGCUUCGUGCCCCACCACAUCGUGCAGCUGCCCUGGACCCUGGCCGAGCUGGGCUUCCAUAACGGCAACUUCCACCAGGCCAUCAACGAUGCCCAUCAGGUCACCCUCUGCCUUCUUAGCACCAAUUGCGUCUUAGACCCCAUCAUCUACUGUUUCCUCACCAAGAAGUUUCGCAAGCACCUCACUGAGAAGUUUUACAGCAUGCGCAGCACCCGGAAGUGCUCCCGGGCGACCUCGGAGACGGGCACCGAAGUGGUCAUGCCGCUCAGCCACAUCGCUGCCAACUGUCUCAAAAAUUAGUACCUGAUCAUUGGGUCCAGGCCCAGGGGCUUAUCUUCCAU